CCACCCCUUACGCGCCUCCAGGAACGGUCAUAGGGAGGUGGUGAAGCUACUACUGACGCACGGUCACCAUGUUAACGUGCGCACGGGUCAGGAGCCCCCUGCAUGAAGCCGCUCUCUGUGGCAAGGUUGAGGUGGUGCGUGUGUUGCUGGAGGCUGGGGCGGACCCGGAGGUGCGGGACGACUGUGGUCACACCGUGCUUGACACCAUCGCCCUCAUCAACACCCCCAUCACCCAGGAGAUCACCACCCUUAUUAAGUGCCACAACCAGCUCAUCAGUCUGGACGAGGACGACGAGGGCGCUGGUGAGCCGCCCUCUUGGCCGCCGCCCAUCUGGCCGCCGCCCUCCCUGCCGCCUAUACCCACGCCCUCGGAACUGGGCUCGCCUUACGAGAAUGUUCUCAUCCCUACCAUCCUUCACCCAGAGCAGCACACAGAUGGCGAGAGUUUGUCCAGGUUAUCCGAGAACAGAGCCAGCAGCCGAGCGUCAGAUAGAGAGAGCCGGGCGUCGGAUAGAGAAAGCCGAGCGUCGGAUAGGGAGAGCCGGACGUCGGAUAGAGAGAGCCGAGCGUCGGAUAGAGAAAGCCGGAUAUCUGACCGUGAUGGCCGGACGUCCGUGGCGAGCCGGGUGUCUGAGGCCACAUCUGACUGGUCCAUCUAUGACGUCCCUCCACCGCCCAAGACUGUCGGGGGCAGUGACCGUGGCUCACUGUCCUACCGCAGCCAGACCUCUGAGUGUGGUGAUGACGACGGGGUGUACGAGGUUCCUCCACCUCCUCGUUCUUGCCGCAGCUCUACGGCCUCCCUCAGGGCGUCCCGGGAUUCGCGGCAUCUACGGCCCUCCUCUGAUGAGCUCCAGCCGCAGCAGUCGUCGGCUCCCGCAGCCACCAGCCCUGGCAGCACAUCCUCUAGCAGCGUCGCUGUCACCAGGCGCGGCGGGGGUGCCCCUGCUGGCUCUGACUCCUCCGGCAGUAAGGUAGUAGAACCUCUGCCGCCGCCCAAGCCGCCCCGUCGAUCUAUGUACCCGCCCUCCCCGACUCCAGAUGCUGACCAGGACGCAGCUACCUACGAGACCAUCUACUUCAAGGGACAAGACCAGUCUGACUAUGAUAAUGUGGAGACCUCUGAUUACGAAAACGUGGACGUACAGCAGCAGCAACACAGGUCACGCCCCACCUCCUCUAGCUUCAGUCAGCCGGCGACCCACGACAGUUCCGACUCCGACUACGAGACGCCGCGGCCCCUACACACCGCCCACGCCCACGCCCACUCCAAUAGGAUGUACAGCACCAUAUCCUUCAAGCCGGUCAAGAGCCGGCGCACCUCCAAGCUCAAGGACCCGCACGUCUACGAGAACACGAUUCACCGAUACGAGAACAUGAAGGAGCGUUACCAGACCCUGCGAGACCGGAACCACAGAGACAAGAAGGACUACCACCACCACAACGAGAACAUCUUACAACACCAGCAGCAGCGGCAGGACAACACGCGAGAGCAACGCAACGAGAACCUACGAGAUCGCAACGAAAAUGUACGGGACCGCAACCUCCAAACAUUGCCCAGGCGGCCUAGGGCGUCUUCGGCUUACGCCAAGAUCGGCUCGAGGCUCGACUCCUCUGAUGAUUCUGACGGGGAUCACCGACCCAGGACCUUGGAGUUCCGGGAGAGUAAACCCAAGAUGAAGCCGCAGCCCAUGAGUCCCACCCACUACCAGCAGCCGCCCACGCCCGACCACCCGCCGCCCUCGGCACGCCAGGCACAGAUCUCCAUCCACGCCAAGAUCCAGAGUGUCUCCGUCCCGCCCCAGGAGAAGCGGCCAUCGAGGGACAUAGAGACGGAAACAGAACCGGAGGAGGUGUUGGCGGUGGAGGCUGGAGGCUCGUCUUGUUCCCUGUCCUCUGUGUCUGCCUCACUAUCUGAUAAGAGCGUCUCCACUGAUAACAUAGAAGAGAUCAAAGGUUCCAUUGCACUUCCUCAUAUUGAAUCCCAUUGGAGCAUUCCAUAUAUUCUCUGUAUUGGGUUCCUACAUAUCAAGAGUGUUCCUUCAAGCUGA